GUGAAGGUUGGCCCUGCUGCUGUUGAGUUGGGAGGUGACGGCGCUGUCUCCCUGUUUGUCGGGCGGAGGGGACUUCACGGCUGCUACGGGUGUGGCUUCAAACGUGAUAAAUCUCAACACGGGGAAAGAAUGCGUAACGGCAAAAGGGAUUAAAACAAAAAGAGAGAUAAAGCAGCAAAGAUAAACAGCAUCUGAAAAGUGUGCGGUAGCUUCACUGGCAGUAGGAAUCCGUAUGCUCGGUUUUUCAACAGCUGGAAUACUUUUUUUUUGUGUGAGCUGAACUUCGUGGACCGUUUUCGUGUGUUUUAACCUGUUCCGAUGCUUUACCGUAGGAGCUACCGAAUUAGCUAAAAGUCACGUCCACAAAAAGUUAUUCACGCUUUGUUUUCGGCCGCUGGACAACUUCUCCACUUCUCGUAAAGACACCGCCGAUGCUGUCCAACUGACUGAGCAACCAACGUCUGUUUGGGAAUUUUAAACGUUAGAAAUCCAAGUUCACAAACGCACGAGGAAAUCUAUGACUGUCGCUCCGUCUCGCGGAUGAACGGACUCCGUCACGUUUGUCGCCACUCAUCAAAAAGGGAAGUCGCCUUACUCAACUUUCCAACCCUUGUUUUUUAAAUACGGGUCUGCCGGACUCCGUCGUUGAUAUUAUUUUUUCCCAGGUGAUAUUUUCCCACUAAGCAGCAGUCCUGAAGCGCGCACUAGGAACCAUGGGUUGUACAGUUAGUCAGGAAGAUAAAGCCGCGGCCGAGAGGUCUAAAAUGAUUGAUAAAAACCUGAGAGAAGAUGGAGAGAAGGCGGCGAGAGAAGUGAAACUGCUGCUGCUGGGUGCUGGAGAGUCGGGGAAGAGCACCAUUGUGAAGCAGAUGAAGAUUAUCCACGAGGAUGGCUACUCAGAAGAUGAGUGCAAGCAGUACAGAGCUGUUGUCUACAGCAACACAAUCCAGUCCAUUAUGGCCAUCAUCAAAGCCAUGGCCAACCUUAAGAUCGACUACGAGGAACCUACCAGAGCGGACGAUGCCCGCCAACUGUUUGCCCUGUCAGCAGCAGCAGAGGAGCAGGGCAUCCUGCCAGAAGACCUGUCCAACGUAAUCCAACGACUGUGGGCCGAUGGCGGCGUCCAGAGCUGCUUCACACGGGCCCGAGAGUACCAGCUCAAUGACUCAGCAGCCUACUACUUAAACGACCUGGAGAGGAUAGGCAAGCCAGAUUACAUCCCCACACAGCAAGACGUGCUGCGGACCCGAGUGAAGACCACCGGCAUCGUGGAGACGCAUUUCACCUUCAAGGACCUGCACUUCAAGAUGUUUGAUGUCGGAGGCCAGCGGUCAGAAAGGAAGAAGUGGAUCCACUGCUUCGAGGGAGUCACGGCUAUCAUCUUCUGCGUAGCCAUGAGCGCUUACGACCUGGUCCUGGCCGAGGACGAGGAGAUGAACCGGAUGCACGAGAGCAUGAAGCUGUUUGACUCUAUCUGCAACAACAAGUGGUUCACAGAGACAUCCAUCAUCCUGUUCCUCAACAAGAAGGACCUGUUUGAGGAGAAGAUCGCCCACAGCCCUCUGACCAUCUGCUUCCCUGAGUACACCGGCCCCAACAAGUACGAGGAGGCCCAGGCUUACAUCCAGACCAAAUUCGAGGACCUGAACAAGAAGAAGGACACCAAGGAAAUCUACACCCACUUCACCUGCGCCACCGACACCAAGAACGUGCAGUUCGUGUUUGACGCUGUCACCGAUGUCAUCAUCAAGAACAACCUGAAGGACUGUGGCCUCUUCUAAAAGUUUGUCUGAGAAAGAGUCAAGAUUACUUGAAGAGUUCUGAUGACCUUAAAGAUUGGGGGAAUAUACACACAUCAUGAAUGACUGCACUGGCCAACCACGAUUUCUGCUUUGAUCUGCUUUUUAUAAAGACACCUAAGAGACUGAAAACCCGACGAGCCUCGCAGAAUUUCAACGAAUGCUGAUCUAGCCGCUCGUGUCGUUAACUCUUUGGGCUAUGACCACAAAAAUCAACAUUUAUUAUUGUAUUUUUUUUUUUGUUCUUUUUUUCUUCUUCUUUAUUUUCAAUUACUAGCGGAGGCAAAGGAAAACUUUUUUAUAUAAAUGCAUUCAUUUUACUUUUAGAAAAUUCUGAUGUGCAAAUUAUUAAACUUUUAAUCACAUGAAGCUUAUUUUUUAAGAGAUGAAGCACAGGCAUGGACAUAAAAUAUGAUUGAUAAAAGGAAAGUGCUUUUUUUAUAAUGUUUACAUAAGUUCAUCAUUCAUAGCCAAACCGUAUAUUGUUCUGCAUGACUCAACAUGGCAAAUAUUAGCUCUGUAAUCUGCACAAAUUAUCUAACAUUCCUACAAAAAAAAUGAAAAGAAAAAAUGUUAAAACGCUGAAAAAGAAAAAAAAAAAAGCUUCACGUGCAGGGGGGAAAUUACGGCAAAAUUCUAACUGAUAUUUAAAGUAUGUGUGUACCUAACAUUCUCUCACUUUUUAUAGUACCAUUUCCAUGUUUGUCGCAGUAUGUUUGUGCCUUGACUUCUGUUUACAACCAAUUCCUAGAUAUGCUUUCAGUACUGUUUGACCUACUGUGCGCCUAUAUUUUUCUUGCAUUUUCUGCCUAGCACCUAUGAAUAUAUAGUGAUUAUUAAUGAGAGACGAAAAUCUAAUUCAGAAAAAAAAGGUUAGUGUCUUUUGGUAAAUAUUAAAAUGCUUUAAAGUCCUAUAUGAUUUAAUUUAAAUAAAAGUAGAGAUCACCUGACUCCUGCA